AUGGACGCCGUUCGGGAGGCGAACCGGAAGGCCAUGGAGGAUGUUUUGGAGGCGAAUCGACGGGCGUAUAUGACCAAGCUUCGGGUCGUAUUGGAGGAGACGAGAACUGGUUGUCAUGACGGCCAACAUCCUCCGCUGCCAUCACCUCCAUCCCCUUACCGAUGUGGGAGUGGCGUUAGAGGGAUGCUAGUUAGGAAUGAAUCCUCGAUGCUUGAGUGCAUCCCAUGUGGAGAGACUUAUAAGGGAAUACACGGUGUUUCAGUAGGUCCCAUAGAAAAGACAGCUGGAUCGACAUCUAAGGACUUCGAGAAAAUUCGUGUGAGCCACGAGGCAAAGAAAAUUAAAGGAUCUGAGGCUAAGAGAAACAGUGGCUCCAUUUCCUGGAAGGGCAGGAAGUUUGGAGGCAGAGGUAAAGGGAAGCAGCUUCAAGUCAAACAGCUUUGCAACAAAUUCAAGAGGUCUAUUUCUCUGUGUGGCCAGGAGGGCCACUAUGCUAGAGAGUGUCUGUCGUCUGUGGCGAGGGUUGCAGCAGUUCAGACGGCUCCUUUUCAUAUGUUUCCUGCACCAUCAAAGAUUGAUCGUGUUUACACCCUGGAUCAUCAGCAAUCGGACAGAGCUCCGAACCUUGUCAGAGGUACUGUUAUCAUUGGUGGUCAUCAGUUGAUGAGUAAUACCAAUGUUGAUGAUUUAUAUGCAUAUGACCCUGAGAUAGAUAGAUCAUUGCAUGCUGCUAGUAGAGCUCGUAGGUUGACUUACAGUAGAGUUGUUCCUGAGCAUACCUUAGAGUCUGUUGAGUCUAUCGAGUCUGUUUGUUCGAGUCCUUUACAUAGUGUUUAUUCGUUUGGUCAUUUAUUUGAUUCUGAAAUCAUGGGUGAUAGAACACUUAAGCAAUUGGCUGCUCCUAAUGUUGAUAAUGAGCAGCCCUUGUGUAUUCGUUAUACUAAUCCUGUUGUACCUUUUGAGCUUAAGUCUGGACUAAUACACUUGCUGCCCAAGUUUCAUGGUCUUGCAGGUGAGGAUCCCCACAAACAUCUGAAGGAAUUUCAUAUAGUCUGCAGCACUAUGAAGCCAACAGGGGUGGAUGAGGAACAAAUCAAGCUGCGUGCUUUCCCUUUCUCUUUGGACAGUGGAGCUAAGGACUGGUUGUACUACCUGCCACCUUCCUCCAUUGUAAGCUGGAAUGACAUGGCCAGAUUGUUUCUGGAGAAAUUCUUCCCUUCAUCCAGGGCCACUUCAAUCAGAAAGGAGAUCAGUGGCAUAAGGCAAGCUAAUGGGGAGAACAUGCAUGAGUAUUGGGAGCGAUUUAAAAGGCUUUGUUCAAGCUGCCCACACCAUCAAAUUCCAGACAAUCUCCUGCUUGUUUACUUCUAUGAAGGGCUGCUGCCUAUGGAUAGGAACCUUCUGGAUGCAGCUAGUGGAGGAGUCCUGAGCAAUAAAACACCUAAUGAAGCCAAGGAGCUGAUUGCUGAAAUAGCUGCUAAUGCUCAACAAUUUGGCACUAGAGCCAACAGCAGUGCAGUCUUCCAAGUGCAAACUCCUCCAAUGCAAAAUCCAACAGUAGCAGCAACAGGAGCAUCAAGCACAGAUAACCAGAGAAUGGAGAACAGACUUGAUGAGCUGACAUCAAUGGUGAGGCAGUUGGCAGUGACACAGACUGUGCAACCUUCUGCUCAACAGAUAAGCAACUUGUGUGGCAUCUGCUGUGAUCCUUCUCACCCCACGGAUGCCUGUCCUUCCUUUCAUCAAGACAACGAUUUCCAAGAUGAUCAGUCUGUUGCUGCAAUUUUUCCUGGAAAGCCACAGUACCAACAGCAGCAGCAACAACAGUACCAGCAGCAGCAAAAUAAUCCAUUCUCCAACACUUACAAUCCUGGCUGGAAGAAUCAUCCCAACCUCAGAUGGAACCAGAAUCAUGGUCCUUCUUUGGAGGACUUAAUGAAACAGAUGGCCACUAGCAAUCUGCAGUUCCAGCAGCAAAUGGAGGAGCCAACCCACACUGCUGCUGAGACAUCCAAUGGAGGUGACACUAGCUCCAAGAAGCAGAGCACUGAUACAUCUGAUGUCCAUAUCCCUUUGCCAUUUCCUCAGAGAGCCACUCAGUCAAAGAAGCAGUCAGCAAAGGUUCAAGAUAAAGAGAUACUUGACACCUUCCGGAAAGUUGAGGUGAACAUCCCUCUUUUGGAUGCAAUACAGCAGAUUCCGCGAUAUGCCAAGUUUCUAAAGGAGCUGUGCACCAACAAGAGGAGACUGAAGGGAGAUGAGCAGGUUAACCUGAGUCAGAAUGUAUCGGCACUCAUCCAGCCCAUGCCUAAAAAGUGUCAAGAUCCAGGGACAUUUACUAUCCCUUGCGUGAUUGGCAAUUCUGUUUUUCAUGAUUGCAUGCUAGACUUAGGAGCUUCCAUCAAUGUUAUGCCUGCAUCUGUGUUUAAGUCUCUUGGUCUUGGUCCUUUGCGUGCCACUGGUAUUGUGGUUACGUUAGCUAAUAGGAGUAGUAUUCACCCAUCUGGUUUGAUUGAGGAUGUAUUAGUCAGAGUUAAUAAUCUGAUUUUUCCUGCUGAUUUCUACAUUUUAGAAAUGGAGAGUGAGACUGCUACUAAUAGAUCCCCAAUCAUACUUGGUAGGCCUUUCAUGAGGACAGCUAGGACCAAGAUAGAUGUUCAUUCUGGUACUCUUUCCAUGGAAUUUGGUGAUAGCAUUGUGCAUUUUAAUAUAUUUGAUGCCAUGAAACAUCCUAGGGAAGAGCAUUCUGUCUUCUGCAUAGAUGUGAUAGAUGACGUUGUUGAGGAUAUUUCUGCUACAUUCCUUGCUGAGUUUUCUACUGAUUUUGAUUCUGAUUUCUGUGGUUGUGGUGAUAGUCGAGAGUGCAUUGUAUGUGAUGAAAUAGCAUCUCAUCUUUCUGGUUUCAAUGAUGCACUAAUUGAUGAUUCUGAUUAUGAGUGUGAAUCUGCAUUUUCUGAAUUGCCUUCCAUUGAGCAGCCUCCGAAAUUGGAGUUGAAGGUUCUGCCCGACCACUUGAAAUAUGCAUUUCUUGAAGAGAAUGAGCAGCUACCAGUCAUUGUGGCAAAGAACCUUCUACCUGAGCAGGAGGAUAAACUGUUAACCUUGCUGAAGGAAAAUAAGAGGGCAAUUGGGUGGACAAUGGCUGACAUUAUUGGUAUUAGUCCUUCGACAUGCAUGCACCGUAUUCUACUUGAAGAAGGAGCUAAACCAGUGAGACAACCCCAAAGGCGUUUGAACCCACUGAUUCUAGAUGUGGUGAAGAAGGAAGUAACAAAACUCUUGCAAGCUGGCAUGAUUUACCCCAUCUCUGAUAGCCAGUGGGUGAGUCCUGUUCAGGUGGUCCCUAAAAAGUCGGGAGUCACUGUGAUUGCCAACCAAAAUAAUGAGCUGAUCACAACAAGAGCUCAAAACAGUUGGAGAGUAUGUAUAGACUACCGUAGGCUCAACCAGGCAACCCGCAAAGAUCACUACCCUCUUCCAUUUAUUGAUCAGAUGUUGGAGCGGUUGGCUGGUAAAUCGCACUACUGUUUUUUGGAUGGAUACUCAGGCUACUUCCAGAUCCACAUUGCACCUGAGGAUCAGGAGAAGACGACCUUCACAUGCCCCUUUGGCACAUAUGCAUACAGGCGGAUGCCCUUUGGACUUUGCAACGCACCAGGUACUUUUCAGCGUUGUAUGGUAAGCAUCUUUUCUGAGUUGUUAGAGGAUUGCAUGGAGGUUUUUAUGGAUGAUUUUAGUGUCUAUGGUUCUUCUUUUGAUGCAUGUUUGGAUAAUUUGGGUAGAGGUAUUGAAGUGGAUCCUGCUAAAAUUGAUGUUAUUACUGCUUUGCCUUACCCCGCUUCUGUGCGGGAAGUUCGUUCUUUUCUUGGCCAUGCAGGUUUUUACAGGCGCUUCAUUCAGGAUUUCAGCAAAAUCGCUCUUCCAUUGUCCAAUCUCCUCCAGAAAGACAUUGACUUUGAGUUUGGUGAAGCAUGCAAGGCAGCUUUUGAUCAUCUGAAGCGCUGCCUAACCAUAGCUCCUGUGAUCCGGGCACCAGAUUGGUCUAUCCCAUUUGAGUUGAUGUGCGAUGCAUCCAAUUAUGCUGUUGGAGCUGUUCUUGCUCAGCGGGUCAACAAGGCCCCACAUGUCAUUGCAUAUGCAUCCAGGACGUUGGAUUCUGCUCAAUCCAACUAUACCACCACUGAAAAAGAACUCUUGGCUAUAGUAUUUGCUCUUGAUAAGUUUCGGUCAUAUCUUUUAGAUACCAAGGUUGUUGUUUUCUCUGACCAUGCAGCUUUGAAAUUUCUUUUAAAGAAAGCAGAUGCUAAGCCUAGACUCAUCCGAUGGAUGUUGCUGCUUCAAGAGUUUGACAUUGAGAUCAAGGAUAGAAGUGGAGCGGAAAACCAAGUUGCUGAUCAUCUGAGCCGCAUCACCUCUCUUCCAUCUGACCCUGUACCUAUUGGGGAUGAUUUCCCUGAUGAGCAGCUUUUACAGCUGCAAGGUAAGUUCCCUUGGUUUGCCGAUUUAGUUAAUUACUUGGUUGCUGGAGCGUUACCUGUUGACUUCACUAAGGCUCAGAUUUUGAAAUUGAAAAGUGAGUCUAAAUACUAUGUGUGGGACGAUCCUUACUUGUGGAGAUUUUGUAGUGACCAAGUGGUUAGGAGAUGUGUGCCUGACAGUGAGACUCUAUCUUCUUGUGCUAAUUGUCAGAGAGCAGGUAGCAUUUCCCGUAGACAUGAGAUGCCCCAAAACCCUAUACUUUUCUGUGAGGUUUUUGAUGUUUGGGGUAUUGAUUUUAUGGGUCCCUUUCCUGUUUCCUUUGGUUUUGCUUACAUACUCUUAGCUGUGGAUUAUGUCUCUAAAUGGGUUGAGGCGAAAGCCACCCGAACUGAUGAUUCUGCUGUUGUUGUAGAUUUUGUCCGUUCUCAUAUUUUCUGCAGGUUUGGUAUUCCUCGAGCUAUUAUCAGUGACCAGGGCUCACAUUUCUGCAACAGGAGCAUGGAGGCCUUACUUAAGAAAUAUGGAGUCCUCCACAAAGUAUCUACAGCAUACCAUCCACAGACAAAUGGCCAAGCUGAAAUUUCCAGAGAGGUUAAGCAAAUCCUUCAAAAGACUGUCAAUGCUAAUAGAAAGGAUUGGAGCAAGAAGUUGGAAGAUGCUUUGUGGGCAUACAGGACGGCCUAUAAGACUCCGAUUGGAAUGUCCCCUUACCGGCUUGUUUAUGGUAAGGCAUGUCACCUGCCAGUGGAGCUGGAGCAUCGGGCAUAUUGGGCUGUGAAACAGUGUAACAUGGACCUAAUCCAGUCAGGUGGAGAAAGGAAACUACAGCUGCAAGAGUUAGAGGAGCUUCGUCUGGAUGCCUAUGAGAGCUCACGCCUAUACAAGGAAAAGACAAAGGCAUUCCAUGAUAAGCAGAUCCUGAGGAAAGAAUUUGCAGUGGGCCAGAGUGUGCUGUUAUUCAAUUCCCGUCUUAAGUUUAUGCCUGGUAAACUCAGAUCAAGAUGGGAUGGCCCCUUUAUUAUUACUGCUAUUUUUCCUUAUGGAGCAGUUGAAUUAAGUGAUAAGCAGACUGGGAACACAUUUACUGUGAAUGGGCAUCGUCUGAAGCCCUUCUAUGAAGGAACACCACAGCAGCCUGAGGAUACAGAGAUGGAAGCAGAGAUCAGGCUGCUUGAAGCUGUUUAUUCUCCUUAG